AAUUCCAACAAAGUAUUAUUAAAGUUGAUUUAAUUAUCUCUUUUCCCAAAGUCAAGUUCAACACACGCUUGCUUCCUCUUUUCCUCUUUCCGAUUCCGCCACCGACCUGCUUCUCCGGCGAUCUCUGUCACUUUUUCCGACCUUUCCGACCUCCAUCGAUAUCAGUUGUACUGAGGGCUUUUUAAAACUCCGGACACCAUGAGCGAGGUAUUCGAAGGUUACGAGCGUCAAUAUUGCGAGCUUUCUGCCAAUCUUUCCAGAAAGUGCAGCUCCGCCAGUGCCCUAGACGGAGAGCAGAAGAAGCAAAAGCUUUCUGAGAUAAAAAGUGGUAUAGAUGAAGCCGAAUCUCUGAUUCGGAAAAUGAAUCUCGACGCCAGGAGUUUGCAGCCCAGUGUAAAGGCUGUUCUUCUUGCUAAGCUAAGGGAAUAUAAAUCAGAUUUGAACAAUCUGAAAAGUGAAGUACAACGAAUUAAUUUUGGCAACUUAAAUGCAGCUGCACGCGAUGAGUUGCUGGAAUCUGGAUUGGCUGAUACCCUCAAUGUCUCAGCUGAUCAAAGAACUAGACUAAUGACCACUACAGAGAGAUUAGGCAAUAUGAGUAACAGGAUUAAGGAUAGUCAAAGAACUAUGCUCGAAACUGAAGACCUUGGUGUCUCAAUCCUAGAAGACUUGCAUUCUCAGAGACAGUCGCUUUUGCAUGCCCAUGACACGCUUCAUGGUGUGGAUGAUAACAUAGGGAGAAGCAAAAGAAUUUUAACCAAUAUGACAAGGAGGAUGAACAAAAAUAAGUGGACAAUUUCCUGCAUAGUUACUGCCCUCGUUUUUGCUAUCAUUCUGAUAUUAUACUUCAAACUUAAAUAGGUAAAGACAUUCCUGGUACAAAGUUGACUCUUUGUUUUUCUUUUCUUUUUUUGUGGGGGGAGGGGGAAGGUAGUUGAUCAUUUUCAACUUCUUGUUUCUCUGACUGUUACUAUUCUGUGGAAUGUAUAAAGAAUGUUCCCUUUUUUUACACUCUGAGAUGGGUUUUGUUAUGGAUAGUUUUUAUCCUUGUUUGUUAGGUGGGAGGUGGGUUUUGAUUUUUCAAAACAUGGAUAUUAAUUGUCCUAACACCUAAGAUAAAAAGUUCCUCUAAA